AUGUGUCUGGUAGGGUCGGCGCGGGCCUUUGAGGCAACGGGCCCCUCGCUGCUGCGCCACCUGCUGCUGCCCUCCGCACACCCCUCCUCCCACCCCUCACACCGCUCCUCACACCUCUCCCACCCCCCACACCACCCCUUACACCUCUUCCUGCACGCGCCUCUGGACGAAACCACUGCCAAACUUGGCUUAUUUGGAGGAAUCAAGGGGGGAGGGUUUGGGGCAGGGGGGCUUGGAGUAGAGGGUGUGACUAUAGCGAGUGUGAAGAUCUUCCCGAGCAGUGAUUUGGACGAGACAGACAACAGGAAAAGGGCGCUCAACUGGGAGUCCUCGCCUCAGGGCUUGCAGGGACUGCUACAGUACUUCCGCCUGGUGGAAGGGUGCUGGGACAUGAUCCAAUCUGGGGUGGGAGAUGGGCUGGCCUAUACGAUUCCUUACGGGUCGGACUGGUGGGGUUUCAACGACCGGUUUGGGAUGGGAGGCAGGCAGGCGAGUGCAGUUGCGUUGAGGCGGCUGAGUGCGCUGGAUAAGAUGGUGGCUGUUGGAUUCAGCCAGCUCAACUCAGAGAUGGCAUUUAAAGCCCAGAUGGACAUGGGGGGAGUGAGAGUGGAGCGUCAGAACCUCUCCUUCUGUAUCCUCACUCGCCGAAUGUACCCCUUAGAGGACGACUCGUGUCCCGUUAAGAUCCUCAGCGCCACUGCCAAGGUGCCUCUGAACGGUGCCAAGUGCCGUCUGUGCACGCCCUGCAAGGCCGGGGAGGAGGCUGAGCAGGCGCUAGCUGCCAUCCCUGACACGGCUCCCAACUGGCCAGGGCCGUUCACUCAGGGGAUAGACAUGUGCUCCAUCCACCAACCGUGGGAGGACAUGUGGCAGCAGCAGUACGACGCUGUCAUGGGCGCUGAGCUGGCACGCCAACGCCAAGCUGUCGUCCGCAUGGCUGCUGACGUGGCGCUCUGCGUGCGAUCUUUCGAGCAGCUCCGCGCCCUCUCCACUGUGUGGUCCACGCCCUCCCCCGUGCCACUGUGUCUCCGCGCCCUCCCCCUCGCCUCUCUCCGCGCCCUCUCCUCUGUGUGGUCCGCUCCCUCCCCCUUGGUGCUCUGUGUGCGGGGGCAGCUGGGGGAGACGAAGCUUCUGGGAACCAAUCCACGACAGUUUGCCACUUUCACGCGCCUGCUCUCUUCUACCAGGUGUGCUGGCUCAGGUGUUUUUUCAGUGUUGUGGUCUCCAUCUCCUCUCGCCCGGUUUCCAUCUCCUCUCGCCCGCGAGGGAGAGGGCAGGCGGGAGGGAGAGGGCAGUCAGAAAGCAGCAGAGACCCCUUCCCCUUUCGAGAAUUCUGAAUGGGAUGAACAGAAGCCAGCAGAGACCUCAGGCACCUGGGAAGCGGAGCUUCGUUCUCUCUUCCCCACCAUCUCCAUCCUCCAUCGCCCUCCCUCCUGGUUGCAGCAAUCGCAGCAAGCGGACAGCACGGAGCGGGAGAGGGGGGGGCAGGAGGAUCAGGGUGGGGAAGGAGUUCAACGUGGGGAGGUGGCGAGGGAGGAAGAAUACAAGCGCGAGGCCGAGGAUGGGCUGCUGUGGCGGGUGGAUGUGGUCAAGGUAGAUGUGGCCGAUCUCGACCCUGCUCUUAUCGCCGCCUGGGCUACUGCCAUGCACGAUGCAUUAUCUGAGGCAGCCACAGCAGCGAGACGGCACGUGGACGAGCAGUUAGAGCGAGCUGGCUUCCACCUGGCCUCCUAUGUUGGCUCUGUGCCUAAUUGGGACUGCCAGUGCUGCUCGUAUACUUCCAUUGCACAACUGUGUUAG